AUGGACGCAUUGCAGCCGUGUGACACAGAGUACCUUGGCUUCAUGUUAGACAACUCUAUCAAAGAGACCAACAGCCUCCUCAAAUGUGGACGCUGUCAGAAGUAAGAAACCUCAGUCAACUCCACAGUGUUGGCGCCAUCUUGUGGCCAUGAUACCUACCUGCAAUGAUCUGAACUGCAUUUUGACUACACAAUUUUUUUCAAUGUAUCCACAAUGUAAUGAUAGCUGAAUGUGUUGUGUUCCAUAAUGGAAUGUUAAACGAAUGUGUUGUGUUCCAGAAUGUUUGUGGUGAUGUUACACAGAGAUCCUAAAAAUAAAAUAAAGUGUUACCUUAAAUUACUAUAUCAUUCUAUGUAAUAUUAACUUAAUAUCUUGUGUUGCAGGAUGUUUGUGGUGCAGGCGGUCCCUGACAGUAACCUGGUGUUGAUGGUGGUCCAGGCGGACUGUGACUGCUCCCGCCAGUACUCCUCCAUCACCCUGGAGCCCAAGGAGGUCAAAUACAACGCAUCAGUCAAGUGUAACAGGAUGAAAUCUCAGAAAGUCAGGCGGCGCCCAAAGUCCUGCCAUGCCUACCAUCCUAAGGUCAACCAUCCUCCUCCUCUCUUUUUAACUGGUUGUAUAAUGACCUAAUAUUAACUUAAUUACAGUUGCUGGCUACAAUGUUUGCAUAGCAGGCAUGUUGAAAUUGAAAGAGAGAAGUGUUUGUUCAAUUUAAAUGUAAUGCAAGUCCCACAGAUGAAUAGUCGAAGUAGAAUAUUGUGUCAAUCAGUAUAAAGCAGUAGCAGUGGAAAAACAGCAGUUUCCAUGACGUUUUUCUACUUGUUUAUGAGGAUUUGUGUUAAUAUUGAAAUGGUUUUCUUGAUGAUUGUAGGAAAAUGCCAAGGACUGUGGAGGAGCUUCAGAGAUCAGCCUAUCCAAGGCCCUCUUCUUGGCUUCUCUGGCCACCUCAUUGGCCCUGCGCAGAUGGACUUAA